ACCCAACAUAACAUAUUAUUAUCCUUCAAAAUUUAUUCAGAGGUUUGAAUGUCUAAUUUUAAAAACACUAAAGUGGUCCAUGGAUUUUCGUAUUUAUUUUACAAAUUGCAUAUUACAUUUGAACAAGUUUUAAACAAAAAGUCGAAAUUAUUUUAAAUUUAUAGUUGUUAAUCUCUUUAGUAGUACUCCUCUACAAUUUAGAUCAUCUAUUGCGAGUUGUAAAAAUCAUAUGCCAACAUGGGCGGAACAUCUAGCACCACUCGAACAUUAGAAAUUGAGAAUCCAAAUGUGAUUACUUUGUCAGACAAGGUUGUCGAGAGACUCCGAGGUCAAGAGCAGAUAGCACCAGUUGACCAGGGUUCACACAUUUUGCCGACAUAUGUGCAACCAUCAUCUCUUCAAAUACAGAAGGUUGUUCAGCAAGAGUUAGAAGCCAAUGACAAGAGGUGGGAACAGCGUUUUCACCUAGUUGACAACAGUCAAAAAGCCCUUACCCGCAAUAUUGAAACAGAAUACAAAAAAACAUAUGAAAACGUCAAGAAAUUAUUACCUAUAAUUAAAGACGGAGUACUGAGUGAAGCUACAAUAGAAAAAGAAAAUGUUUUAUUGGAUUGUCUAGCCAAUAACAAGGGAACCCCGUUAAAUUGCACAGACGCUGUCAAAGAUUAUCAAAAGGUGUUAUUUCAAUCUACAAAUCAAAAACUUUGAACAUAAGUAGUUCAAUAGAAACUUUUAUAUAGGUAUUCAACUGUUUCAAUGAUAAUAUGAAAAAUUAUGCUUAAAUAUGUAUUUUAAUUAUAAAUGAUUUACCUUAAUAUUGUGGUAAGUAGUUCUGUUUAAAUGAAUAAAAGGCUACUUUGUUAUGUUGUUGAA